UGUUUCUUUAUGACGAUUAUUUUCAGGUAUAACCGACUGUGGUGAAUGCUUCCAAAAUUCAAACUGCAUCUUUACCGAUGGAAAAACCACGUGCCACUGUCUGCCGGGCUUUAAAGGCAAUGGCUUUAACUGCACAGCCACAGAGGGGCCGACGGUUUCCACAGGUCAUUACGGUACGUUAGGUUUUAAAUCAGCUACGUUCUAUAAUUUAGAAGCUGCCGUUAUGCGAGAGAAUAAAACAAGCGUCGUUCCCGAUAUGAAGCCCGGUUACGACGAAUCUGUGUGUUCGCUGUGCGACCAAAAUGCCGAAUGCGUUGUUUAUGGUGGAAAGACGAUAUGCGCAUGCAAAUCCGGCUUUUCUGGAAACGGAUAUGAGUGCUCAAGAAAACACAUAAUUGAUACUGAAGACACUCCAUCCAGUGGUACCGAUGACGAACAGGCCUGCGCCAAGUGCGAUAAACACGCCAGCUGCAUCGUACAGGGUCAGAUGACGAAACAUGUGAUAUGUGUUUGUAAAGCCGGAUAUUUUGGAAACGGGACUUAUUGUGAAGAUUUGACGUCUUGUUCCAAGUGCCAUCGAAACGCGGUUUGCAUCGCUGACGGCGGCAGAGUGACGUGCAGGUGUUUUUCUGGAUUCAAAGGAGAUGGCAUCAGUUGCCAUGACAUCGAUGAGUGCCAAGAACCAGGUAGAUGUCACGAGAACGCCAUAUGCGUAAAUACGGUUGGCAGCUACAAAUGCCGCUGUCCUGUUGGAUAUAAGGGUGAUGGUCAUAAGACGUGCCAGCUUAUUGCUAAAAGUACCCGCAAUUCAGAUUUUGACGAAUGUAUUUCUGGUCGAAACCCUUGCCAUCGCCAUGCGAAGUGUACCAACACUUUUGGUGGCUUCACCUGUGAGUGCCUCUCAGGCUACCGAGGUGAUGGCAUCAAACGCUGCGACAGUGUAACCGGUGAAAGCACCACAACUGCACGACUGACGACGAAGACCGCUCCAAUCACUUCCAGUUCUACUGAAGCUAAAGGCCUAAAGUCGGUGUGCGAUUUGUGCCAUGAAAAUGCGGAGUGUGUUUAUUCACACGGCAGAAACACUUGCCAUUGUCUACCCGGAUACUUCGGCAACGGCAUUGUGUGUGAAGACAUGGACGAGUGUAAAGUUAAGGAAUCGUUGUGUCAUAAACUCGCUAUUUGUAUCAACACGCCCGGAAGUUAUAUUUGCCGCUGUCCGCAAGACCACUAUGGCGAUGGUAAAACGACCUGCAUGCCGAACGUAUCAACAGUGAUCACCGAAGCCGCAGUGUUGCGCAGUACAACCAUGUCCAUCAGCGAUGCGAAGUUGCAGACCUCGCCGUGCCAGUUGUGCCACGAUCACGCGAAAUGCACCACUAAUCGUAACCAAACCAUAUGCAACUGUUUACCUGGCUUCGUGGGAGAUGGAACUACAUGCUUAGGUAAUCUGAAAGCUUUUCAUAAUAUUUCGCUUUCCAUCUAAUU